AUCUCUAUUCGCUCGUCCACGUAAUGCAAGCGUCCAGAUGCAUACUGGAAUCCGAUUAAUUUCUCGACACUUCGCCUUCACGACAUUCAAUCGUAAAGCAAUAAAUUGUACAAUUAUCGCGACCCGCUCAAGAUUUUCAACCAUGUCAUGGAUGGACUCAUGGUCAAGGCCAUCUGCCAAUUCGAAGAUCCCAGCACCACUAUAUCUUUCCCACGAAGAUGUCCCGUAUUGCCACACAUGCGGUCGUGUAAUGAGCUCCAAGAAAGCGACCAAGAAACAAACAAACAUUGUCAAAUACUGCUCAGACAAAUGCCGCUCACGCAAACCCGGACCGAUCGACCGCAAGAUCGAACGGACCAUUACCGCCUUGCUCAAUGAAGAAGAAGAUUCUGGAGUUCAGAACACGGCUUACAAGUCUAGAGUGGUGAAGGGCGAUCACCGUGUCGUCGUGACCUGCGAUGAGAUUGAAGAAGCCGUCUUUGGCAGCCGCUUCGAUCCCGAGAAAGUCUACGGACGACGGAAGAAUCGUAAAAGCCGUGCGAUCGGCGACCCCAAGGCCGAGUGGAAGAGCGUCGACAUGGACUCGGACCACAUGACUCACAGCGAAGAGUCCGAAGAUGACCGGGACUACGACGAGAACGACGCCGUGCUCGGCGUCCGCGUGCGACCUCCCCAAGCGGAAUCUGAGGUCAAUUUCAGCGUUGGCGGCGAGCGCGGCAAGGCAGAGAAGAUCACCGAAUCGAAUGAUGAUCGAGAGAAACGACUGCAGGGUGCCAAGCGUGCUGAGGAGAGAGAGAUGGUCCGGCGGGCGGCGAGGCGAGGGAUUGUGUUCGGAUUCAAGGUUGCAAAACGCCAUGACUCGCCGCAGAAGCCGCAGCGGCGGUCCAAGGCGAAAGCCGAGGCGAAAGGAAGCGCUUCCGAAACUGAAGAUGGGGAUGAGGAGACCGAAAUUCGCAAGGCGGAAGCGCUGAUGAACGGCACUGUAGUGGAGCCAUCGUUUGCGAAGGGUGACUGGUCGAUUCGAUGGCGAGAAUAGCGAGAUGGGAUUGAGUACUCACAUCCAUCUCCUCUCUAUAGUCGAGUGGAUGUAUAGUACGAACAGUGAGCUGAAUCGUUAGAACAAGAGCGUGAUGAAUGGCGCCUUUCAGCGCUUUGGUCCGGCCGAUUCUUGGCCACCAAUAUCAGUGUAUCAAUAUUAAGGCAGAAGUUCUCAGUGUCCAAGCACAGCCUUGGUGCUCCAGAUCGGUAAAAUCCGAACUCAAUACAUCACCAUAG